AUGCCGCCAAAAAGAGGAACUAAGCGUACUCGCACCAUUAGGGUUAGAGCUGAUGCUCGUGAAGUUGUGGAUGGGCAGGGUGCUGCAGAUGGUGUUCAAGCAGAGGGUGUGCAGCCUGCAGCCCCACAGUUUGAUCAGGCUGCGCUCAUGCAGAUGGUUCAGCAGGCAGCUACCCAGGCUGCUCAAGCUGCUAUUCAGCAGGUUACGCAGGAGGCUGCUCGUGUAGCUGUACAAGAAGCUGCCCAUAUCCCACCGCAGCAGAUUCCCCCUCAGAAGAUCCCACCACAGCAGAUUCCACCGCAGCAGAUCCCACCUCAGCAGAUUCCACCGUGGCAGAUUCCACCUCAGGUUCAUGUGCACGGGGUUCCAGGACAACAGUUCCCUCAGGGUUUGCAGCAACCACCACCACCUCCACCUUUACCGGUCUACCGUGUCUAUGAUGAGAGGUUUUACAGACUCACGACUCAGAUGCGGAACAUGGAUAUGGAGCAUUUUGGGGGAAUAGUGGAUGCUACAGUUGUACAUGAUUGGAAGCUUGGUCUGCAACGGAAAUUGGAGAUUAUUGAGUGCCCACCAGAGGUUUCACUUAGGUUGGCUAUGCAGUACCUACGUGGAGAUGCACUUGUGUGGUGGGAAGGAGUACGAUUGGGGCAUCGUGGGCCUGACCCGCUUACCUUUGCUGACUUUAUCCGCGAGUUCGAUAGGAAGUACUUUCCAAAAGAAGCUAUGGAUAGGAAGAAGAGUGAUUUCGAACAUGUGAGCAAGGGUGACAUGUCCAUCAGGGAGUAUGAGGUGGAGUUCAAUCGACUUUGCAGGUUUACAGGAGAUGGCAUUACUGGAAGACUGAUCAGGAAGUUUUUGGGUGGGAUGCGAGUCGAGAUUCGCAACAGAUGUCGUAUCGUCACUUACCACAGGUUGGGAGAUUUGGUGGAGAAAGCGGCUGAGCAGGGAGCAGGUUUGGCAGAGGAACAAAAACUCCUCAAAUCAGCUCAGCCUAAGUCUGGGAAGAAUGCAGAGUCUCAGAAGAAGGUAGCACCGACAGCUAUAGUGGUUGCAUCAGGAGCCUGCUUCACUUGUGGCCAGCAUGGGCAUUUCUCCAGGAACUGCCUAACUAAUGGGCCUACAGCAAAGCGUCAAGCCGUCACUCCACGUGUGUAUGCCCUAGGAGAGGCCAAUGGAGCUGAGCCGACAGUCGGAUCGGUUUAUGUGGGAGGUGAGGGUGUCUUUGAGCCAAAGACCAAGCAAGUUCGGACAGCCGGCACAGAGAGAAUUGAAGCCACUGGUGUGCAUCGAGAUGUACCUGUCUUACUUGGAGGGUUCGUUUUCACCGGAGACCUAGCAGAAAUGGAGCUAGAUUACUACGACGUUAUACUUGGGAUGGAUUGGCUGUCACGGCAUCGAGUGGUGUUAGAUUGCCCGGAGGCAAGGGUUCAUAUCCUUAGAGAAGAGGGGAAGAUCACAUUCCAGUGUGUUCAAGCUCACCGAGGAAUUUCUAUUAUCUCCAUGAUGCAUGCUGAGGAUUUAUUGGAGAGAGGAGCUUAG